ACCUGCAUUGUAAUGUUGGCUGGGCUCACAUGAUGGGUGACUUUGUCGCGGCGGAGACUGGACACUAAAACUCAAAAUCGCGGCGAAGAUUUAAAAGAACCGCUACGAUGCUGCUGGUGGGGCAAAAGCAAGCACACUUUACAACGCGAGGACCACGUUUUAGGCAAAUCUCCCCUGGCAAGGGCCACGUGUAUUCUGCGUUGAACCCCUCGAGACUCGUUCCUCCAAUCGGAUUCUACCUCAUCGGUUGCAUGUAAUACAAGACAGAUUGUUCCGACGCGUGGGAAAGACUGCCAAAACUAACCGACCGGAGGAAGGGGAAAGGGCACGCAUGGCCGCCAACGGCACACGCGUUGGUGAGAGGUGGUGUCUUUGAUUGGUGAGCGGAGAUAUGUGUUCGCAUGCAUGGACCCACCGCCGCUACAAACCCCACAUGUCGCCAUCUCUAAGCCCCUCAAACACGUACCCACCGUACACUUCCGCGUGUCAAUUUUUCCUUUAUCCUUGUUUUAUGUUGCCUACCCGUCAUUGGCUAAUUCUUGGGUCUUUAAAACACAUCCCCUGGAGACUCGAUUCAACCACACCUUGUAGUUCUAAAACCUUUCAGUUUCUCUUCACCGUUUUCUGCACAACGCAGAAAGGAAACUGAAGUGGGAGCAUUCAACCAUGAUUAAGACGCUGCAUCCUUACUCAAACACGGCCAAGACGGCUGAAAUUAUGUCCCGCUACCGGCCGAUUGCGCCCAAGCCGGAGGUUCCUGCUAAUCAGAUGAAUGAGAGCUCUUCCAUGUCUCAGAAAAUCAGGCAAUCUCCUUAUCUGAGGAAUCUCUGGCCCCAGCUUCAAGCCAGGCCUACUAGGACUAGAAAGAGAGGUAGGGCUGCUUUAUCACCACCCUCGCUCAAGAGGCCGAGGACCCAAGUCUUCGGGCUUUCUUCACCAAGCCCUGUGGUGUCGCCGGCUAAAAAUCUCUCCUUGCAAGGUUUUUCUCACGGGCUUCCUCAGCUUUCCGUCUCUGCCCCGAACCUUGCAGCGGCCGUGACCAGUGGUGGCUUAGACAGUCCUAGAGUAUCGUCAAAUUUGGUGACGCUUCCCCUUCUUCCAUGUUCGCCAGUUGCUCCUGUUGUUACCAAUAAAGUGACAGCUCCUGAGCUCAAAUGCUUGGAGCCGUCUAGAGGAGAAAACGUGAUAGAUUUGAACAGGGUGGUGGAGGUGCCUGAAGAGAAGGAUCUGUUGCUGCAACUGCAAGGUCCUACACCAUGUAGCAGCGUUAUAGCACCACAGCCGGUUCGACCCGUGGGCUCUACUAUUAGCGUUGGGUGCAUCAAAGAGGACCUGAGUCUGACCCCACCAGUGCAAGUUCCUAAAAGACCAGAGGAGGUGGAAGAGGAGGUCGAGUCCGAGCCCUUACCAGCAGUGAUAUCUGACUCGAACAACAAGGUGAGGCUGGCAAAUUCAGCUUACAAGGAGAUGGUGGGACAGCCAGAAUGCCCCUGGCUCGAUUCUAUGGUGACAGCUGAUAAAAAAUUGAGAGGAGGGCACCCAUGCAAGAGGAUCUGUGGGGAGGUAAUGCUCCAUCUUCCUGAUUCCAGAGUACCUGUUACAUCAAAUGGGUUUAAAUGCUGGGUGAGAAUAGAGUGGGGAAGUGAGGGGAAGAAGAAUUCAAUCAAUACUUUCUGUGAUGUAAUCAAAUUAUCUUGUCUGUCCAAGGAUUACCUGUUCACAUGGAGGUUUCAUACACAAAGCAGGGAAGCUUCUCUGUCCGGCUGCAAUGCUGAAAUUUAAAUUGUACAUCUUAGCUACUACUAUGCCUUCCUUUUUCGGGGAAGACCAAAGAGGGAGGCAGAGUUAGGAGUUAGUGUUAAUACAUCUUAUCUCCCAUGUAUAGAUCAGAUAUAAGAGUAUAGUUCUUAGUCAGUUCUUUUAUCUAUCAGGCUAGCUGUCUACUAUGUUCCUGUUUUGAGUACUAGGACAAAAGUGUUACUUGAAAUAUGCAAUGCUAGAGAAUAUAUGUAGUAUCCUAGAAUUUCAUGAAAACCAAAAUGAAAAACAAUCCUUGUU